AUGCCUGUCACCAUCGACCACAACUUUUUCCCUCACAUAGUGGAGGAGAUCCUCUUCUAUGCCGACCGCAAGACGUUGCUGGCUUCUCGCUUCCUUUCUUCUUCAAUCCGCCACGUUGCAGAUGACCUUCUGACUGGAGAAUGCCUAUCGAUCGUGUACUCCAAAUCCGACGCAGUGCCCAAUUCGUACUCAAGGAGUGUUUCGGCAGUCGGCUCCAGCUUGGAGGCUAUCACCAACGGUCCUCCCAGACUCCGUGUUCCGUACUUCCAUCCCGACGGUGAUCUGGAAGCACAGUAUCGAGCUGUUGGCCGAGCUUCGCAGCUCACACUGGUCUGCCCUGUCGUCACCCCAGAGAUAAAGAAUCUCCUUCAGUGCAUACAACCGACAUGCCACGUCCACCUUGACCACGCAGAGGGAUUCGCCACGUCGAGUCAGGCUCUUUGCAUCCCGCCCACCGCAUCUCUGGGACUGGAGGUCAUCAGCUUCUGCUGCAGUCCCAGCAACGUGGAAACCUUUGGUGGCGACGGGCCAACGACCGGCAUUCUCAAGCACCACUCGAGCUUCGUUACCCUGCACCUUUUUGAUGAGUGCCAGGAACCACUUGCCAGUUUCUUGCCGCCCUGUUGUCUUGUGAGGCAGAUUGUCACCCCCAUCGUCGAACGUCUUGAAGUCUCAGGCAACGUGUGCGUACUGCCGUUCGCCUUUCGACUUGUGGACGUCAAGAGCAACCCGAACCUCCAGAUCACUCUCGUGCACGUCGAAGAAGACUGCAGGAAGCUAGGACGCGCCGAUGUCGAAAACCUGAGACACGACACAGCGGUCAUUUUCAAGAUCCCAGUGCAUCAGGUGCACUACGUUGAGAAGCCUUAG